AUGGUAUCAGUUUUAAUAUUAGGAGUUGGGUUCAUUGGAUUUAAUGUUGGUUGUGCAUUAAGAAGAGAAGGUUAUAAAGUUUAUGGAAUGUCAAUUGAUGAAAAUGAUAGAUUAAAAAUGAAAAGAAAUGAAAUUAUACCAAUUAUUUGCGAUGUUAGUGAUGAAAGUAAAUGGUUUAAUUUAGUUGAAACAGAGAUUGAUAUAGUUAUCGAAUCGAUUUCAUCAAGAAAUCCAGAAACACCAAAAUUAGUUUUAAAUUAUUUGGUUAAAUUAAAAGAAAUCAAAGGUGAUAAUUUAACAAUCAUUUUCACAAAUGCUUCAUUUUCAUUUGGUGAUAAUGAGAAUUUAAUAGAUGAAAAAUCAAAUUCAAGAUUAAAUACAGAUGGUUGGAAAGCAAUUAAAGAAAUUGAAGACACCUAUAGAAGAAUUAACGCAAUAAUUAUCAUACCAACUAUGAUUUAUGGUUUAAAUUGUUCAUAUUGUAGUUACUAUUUUGAAUGUAUAAAUCAAUCAUUCAAUAAUGAUGAUAAUAAUAGUGCUGCUGCUGAAAAACAUAUAAUUAAAACCUAUGGUAAUAAUAAAAAAUAUCCAAAUGGAUUUUAUCAAGGUUUUAUUCAUAUUUUUGAUUUAUGUAAAUUUUAUUUACUUUUAAUUAAAAAUGCUUCAAAGAUUAGAGGUGAAAUUUUCAUUGCAAAUUCUUAUACAGAAAGAGUUGAUGAUUUAUUGAAGUUAAUUUAUAAGUAUCAUUUUAAAUCAAUUGGAAUUGACUUUGAUAAUAAAAAUUUAAAUAAUAAUAAUAAUAAACCAAUUUCAAUUCAAUAUGUUGAAGCACCAGAAUCUGAUUUAUUCUUAACUGGUAUGCAAUUUAAUCAACGUUUAUCUUUUAAAAAAGCAGAAACAUUAUUAGGUUAUCAUCCUACACAACCAUCAUUUAUUGAUUCCAUAGGAAUUUAUUAUCAAUCUUGGAAAGAAUCAAAUGAUUCAAAUUUAGCUGAUUAUAUAAUUUCUAUAAUUCCAAAAUAA